GCAGAACAGAUAAGGGGAACUACUACAUACAAACUGUCGUUUUAAAUUGCUUCACCUUUUUGAGCCAAGGCCCAGACAGACACCGCAUGCUCUUCUCUCUCACUACCAUUGAUUUCCCCGCACGUUCCUCUCCUAAUUCCCCUCCUUUUUCGCUACUCUUUUUCUUUUGGGGUGAAAACUGAAAACUAGAAAGAAGCGUACGGAGAGAACCAAAGAAAACGAAUCCAAUGGGAGGAUGUGCAACUAAGCCGAAGGUCUCCCAGGACGAUCCCGAUGGAAAGCCCAAGGCACCCCAACCAGAACCAGAACCUGAACCUGAACACCAACAACCCAACAACAAAGACACCCUGCAAACCAAAGUACCCCAAGUGGAACAAGGUGCUGCUCACAAAGACCACAACAACCUUAAUGUCAACGAAAUUGUUGACGACGACCAAGCAAACAAACCACGCUCUCUCAGCUCCUUGUUCAAGCAGAAUGAAGAUAAAAGGGGUUCCACAGAAAAUGAGAAAAACAAAGUUGAGGAGUCUGUGAAAGAAGAAGUGUUAGAGGUCAAGAAACCUGCGGAAGAUACUAAAAGCAAUGAGCCAACAGUUAAACAAGAAUCUCUAAAGCCAGAGGAGAAGCUGUCCGAGGAGAGUAAAAACAAUGAAUCAUCAAAACAAGAAUACGAGACUUUGAAGGCAGAAACUCAUGUCAAUGAACCAUCUAAGGAAACAGUGAAACGAGAGUCAGAAGCUGAGAAACCUUCAGAGGAAACUCAUAUCAGUGAACCAGUUAAGGAAACAGAGAAACUAGAGUCAGAGACUGAGAAACCUUCAGUGGAAACUCAUAUCAGUGAAGCAGCUAAGGAAACUGUGAAACUAGAAUCAAAAGCUGAGAAACCUUCAGAGGAAACUCAUAUCAAUGAACCAGACAAGAAAACAGUGAUAGUUGAGUCAGAAGCUAAGAAACCUUCUGAGGAAACUCAUAUCAAUGAACCAGUUAAGGAAACAGUGAUAGUAGAAGCUGAGAAACCUUCUGAGGAAACUCAUAUCAAUGAACCAGCUAAGGAAAUAAUGAUAGUAGAGUCAGAAGCUGAGAACCCUUCAAAGGAAACUCUUGUCAAUGAACCAGCUAAGGAAACAGUGAAACUAGAGUCAGAUGCUGAGAAGCCUUCAGAGGAAAACAAUCAAAGCAGCGAGUCACUGAAAGAAGAAUUUGUAGAGGCCAUGGAGGCACCUUCAGAGGAAACACAAAGCAUUGAACCCAUCAAACUCAAAGAAGAGCCUAUUGAACCAUCAGAAGAAGGUAAGCCAAGUGGGGAAUCAGAGAAGAAUGCUUCAGAAACUAAGACUCUCAUUGUAGAGAGCAUAAACUCUGAGGUGGCUCCUGUGCCUGAGGAGAGAGUAAUUGAAGAAAUUCCAACUGCUGCCAAGUCUUUUGAGAAGGUAACAAAGGAAGCUGCAUCAAGCACAGAAGAGAAAAGCCAUAAUGGGGUGGAGAAUGCACCUAAGGCUGUUGAUGCUGGCGCUGAGAUUCUCUAAAACCUGAAAUCUGAAUGAGAGCCAUGAACAAUUUGAAACAUUGUAGAGUUUCAGAUUGUUCUUUGGUUCAUCCCAACCGAAUCAUUGUGUGAGAUUUCCCAACUGCAUUUUCCUCGUGUUAUUUUUUUUCAUAUAUAGUUUGAAGAACCAAUUUUUUGUUCUUGUCAAGUCACUUUUUUUCUAUCCUAUCAUUGCUUAUCUGUAUUGGUAGGUCAAAUUCACCAAUGUAAAUUGUAAUUUUGUUGGGAUCCCUGAUCUGCGAGGGGGAAUUCCAAGGACCUCAAUCUUUUUUUCUUUUUUUAAUAUUACCGUCAAGUAAUUUGUGCAAAACAAGUAGUGUACGAAUGUUUCAUGAAUCAAACUGAGCAAACCAGUUAUUUUUGGUUUUCAAA